GACGUCACGGCUCCAGCGAAGCCCAGAGGGAACAGCUGCAUUGCACCGAGGCCGGCCAGCCUUUGCUUCCCUGCCCUAGCAAGAGCCCGGUUGCCUUGCGGUGGAUCCUGCGGCCUCCUCCUUUCAACAGCCUUAGGGAGCAGAAAAGGCCUCGGCCCAGCAAACAUCCCACACUUCUUCUGUAAUAUUGGGACAGAAAACAUGUCAAACAAAGGAAAGGCUGGAAGAUAUAGGGGUUCAGUGAGGGAUCACCCAAACUUUAAUGCCAACCAGGAUGCAGAGGCACUGUAUAAUGCUAUGAAGGGAUUUGGCAGUGACAAAGAAGCAAUACUAGAUCUCAUAACAUCCAGGAGCAAUAAACAAAGAAUUGAGAUCUGCCAAGCAUACAAGGCUCUCUAUGGAAAGGACCUGAUUGCAGACUUGAAAUAUGAAUUGACUGGAAAAUUUGAACAACUGAUUGUGGGUCUAAUGAGGCCCUUGGAAUACUUUGAUGCCAAGGAAAUCAAAGAUGCUCUAAAGGGGAUUGGGACUGAUGAGAAGAGCCUGAUUGAGAUCCUGGCAUCUCGGACUAAUCAGCAGAUCUGUGCUCUGGUGGAGGCUUACAAAGAUGCAUGUGAAAGGGACUUGGAGGAAGAUGUCAUAGCAGACACCUCAGGACACUUCAAGAAGAUGCUCAUUGUACUGCUUCAGGGCAACAGAGAAGAAGAUGAUGUUGUGAGUGAAGACUUAGUGGAACAAGAUACUAAGGACUUGUUGGAAGCUGGAGAGCAGAAAUGGGGCACAGAUGAGGCCCAGUUUAUCUAUAUUCUUGGAAACCGAAGCAAACAACACCUUCGGCUAGUCUUCAAUGAGUAUCUGAAGAUUGCGGGAAAACCUAUUGAGGCAAGCAUCCGGGGAGAACUAUCUGGGGACUUUGAAAAACUGAUGCUGGCUGUAGUGAAAAAUAUCAGGAGUACGGCUGAGUAUUUUGCUGACAGAUUGUUCAAAGCAAUGAAGGGCUUUGGGACAAGGGACAACACGCUGAUUCGCAUCAUGGUGUCACGGAGUGAGAUUGAUAUGUUGGAUAUUCGGGAGAUAUUCCGGACUAAGCAUGAGAAGUCUUUGCAUCACAUGAUUGAGAGUGACACAUCAGGUGACUACAAAAAAGCACUGCUGAAACUGUGUGGCGGAGAUGAUGAUGCUGCAGGUGAGUUCUUCCCUGAAGCUGCGCAGGUGGCCUAUCAGAUGUGGGAACUUAGUGCAGUGGCCAAACUGGAGCUGAAAGGAACCAUUCAUCCAGCUGCAAAUUUCAACGCUGAUGGUGAUGCAAAAGUGCUCAGGAAAGCCAUGAAGGGGUUUGGCACUGAUGAAGAUGCAAUCACUGAGGUUGUCACCCAGAGGAGUAAUGAUCAGAGGCAAGAAAUCAUAAGAGCAUACAAGUCUCAUUAUGGCCGGGACCUUAUGGCAGACCUGAAAUCUGAAAUAUCUGGACCCUUGGGGAAGGUUAUUCUUGGACUGAUGAUGCCACCAGCCUACUAUGAUGCAAAGCAACUGAAGAAAGCCAUGGAGGGGGCUGGAACUGAUGAGAGUGUUCUCAUUGAAAUUUUGGCCACACGGAAUAACCAAGAGAUCCAAGCAAUUAAUGCAGCAUAUAAAGAAGCCUAUCAUAAAUCUCUGGAGGAUGCACUGAGUUCUGAUACUUCAGGACAUUUCAAAAGGAUCCUGGUCUCUCUGGCACUGGGUAGCCGUGCUGAAGGAGGAGAGGACUUUGCAAAGGCUCAUACUGAUGCUCAGGUGGUUGCUGAAACCCUGAAAUUGUCUGAUAUUUCUGGUGAUGAUUCAACAUCCCUUGAGACACGCUUCCUGAGCAUCUUGUGCACACAGAGCUAUCCCCAACUCAGGAGAGUCUUCCAGGAGUUCAUUAAGAUGACAAAUCAUGAUGUGGCCCAUGCCAUCAACAAACGGAUGUCUGGAGAUGUCCGGGAUGCCUUUUUAGCUAUUGUGCGGAGUGUUAAGAACAAGCAGGCUUUCUUUGCUGACAAGCUAUACAAGUCCAUGAAGGGUGCUGGCACAGAUGACCAAACUCUCAUCAGGAUCAUUGUUUCAAGGAGUGAAAUUGAUCUGCUCAACAUCCGGCGUGAAUUUUGGGACAUGUAUGACAAAUCUCUAUAUCACAUGAUUGAGAAGGAUACUUCAGGAGAUUACUGCAAAGCACUGCUGGCUGUUUGUGGAGGAGAAGAUUAAGCAGUCAGCGAAUCCUCUAGAAGCCUGUCUUAUCUGAGCUGUUGUCACUCACUUAUGUGUACCCUAGAAGUUAUAGUUGCUUUGAAAACUUGAGGAUAUUUUGGAUUCACUGAGAGGUCUCACAUUGUGUUAGGGAAAAAUAGCUAUGUUAUCUCAGAAGAGCUUAAUAUUUCAAACAGCAAAGACCACAGGAAUAGCUCAGUACAAUUGGGGGUGGGGAAGGGGACUGUCUGGCUUUGUCAAAGCUGACCAGUGAUCACCUGUUUAGUGAAGCCAUACCUUUGUAGGUAUUGUGAACCAAAGUAAUAAAAUGUUGUAUGUUGCCAGGCA